AUGCAAAAGUUUGGGGGCCAAAAGAAAACGAUUUUAGCCUAAAAUAACACACACCACAUUCAAUUGGGUACAAAGGGUUCUUCUUCUUGUUCUUUUGGUUAUCAGGUCUCUGUUAUUUGAGCAGGGGAAUCAAUGGAGGGCUCUACACUUGUAUAUGCUCCAAAUUGUCUUCCUGCUUCACUUCCGCUCUAUUCACCUCUGAAAUUCUUAGCUCCUAUCAGAAAUCCCAAACGUUUCAAUCAACUCACCCUAAGUUCUUUGAAAGUUCGUCCGAUUCGCAUCUCUUCUCUGCACGCUACUGCUACUCAAGAGACUGUUGAAGUUGGUGAGACUGAGUCGCAAUUUGUUGAGAUUGGGUACAUAUCUAGUGUUCAUGGACUACAAGGAGAGGUCCGAGUGAAGACUAACACAGAUUUUCCAGAACUGAGAUUUUCAGAACCGGGAAGAAGAUGGUUGAAGCGACAAAUUUUAGGGAGAGAAAUAGUUGAAGAGGUUGAAUUGGUGGAGGGAAGAGGACACCAUGGAAAUAAGAGUUGGAUAGUUAAAUUCAGCACCGUGGAUAAAGUAGAGCAGGCUCAACAACUUGUCGGGUCAACCAUACUUGUAUCGAAUACAGAUAGACCAGAGUUGGAGGAAGACGAGUUUUAUGCCCGUGAUCUUGUUGGCAUGAGAGUAACUCUUAAGGAAACUGGUGAACCAGUUGGAACUGUUGUGAAUGUUUUUGACAAUGGAGGAAGCGACCUCUUACACGUUAAGCUUGAUUCAUCAUCUGAGAUAAUAGACAAAAAUGGAAAGCUGAAAUCAGAAGCACCCCUUGUGUGGGUACCAUUUGUUGAAGCAAUUGUUCCUCAUGUUGAUAUGAGUAAAAGAGAAAUGAUGAUUACACCUCCUAAGGGGCUCCUUGAGUUAAAUAUACGCACUGAUGAGAGGUCAAAGAAAGAACGUCGACAGAUUGAAUGGAAAGAGAGGAAAAAAUUUCAGAAACGGCUUAUAGCAGCAAAAAAGAAACUGUGUGAAAUGGAACAGAAACAUGUUUUUGAUGGGUUUAGACAUGGAGAGAAAGCCCAAGGGAAUCUACUAGCUGAUCAGAUUGUAGGUGUUAACUCCCAACUGCUUCAAGUAGCAUUACAGACUAUUGAGACACCUUCUGACAGAUGGCAUUUGUCCGAGUUCUUAGCAGCGUAUAACACAGAAGCAACAAGAAAUGCUUUUAAGGUAUCAAAAGGCUCUCUUGUUAGCGGAGAUGUAGAGGACACAAGUUCCAAAAUAGCAGAGAGGCAUAGGGCUUUGAAAUCCAAUGGGAAAGCUGCCAUGCUUUUGGUUGUUGACAGUACAAAACUGCAGAAAAUUUCUGACUCUGAAUGGACUGAUAGUCUUAUCCAAAGAUUAGUUAAGAUGGAGAACCAUCAAGCCACGCCUUUGAUUCUGGUUUCUCCUGAUAACACAAUCGAUGCUUUUCAAAACUUGAUGUCAGACAAUGACUACUUCGGCUUUGACCCUGAAAAGGUUUGGCUUUUGGAAGAAGAAAAGUUACCAGUUGUAAGUUCUUUGCUUGGAGAACACAAUAAACACAAGAUCUUGAUGAAAUCACCAUGGGAAAUACUCCAAACACCAGUUGGAUCCGGUGGUGUCAUUAGCUUACUUUCAUCCCACAACAUUUUAGAGUCUCUUGCGGCAAUGGGCGUUGAGUAUAUCGAGAUUUCUAGUGUUGAUCAAAGAUACAUUGGUGGCGAGAAUCUGCUUGGUUUGGUGGAUUCAAGUGAAGCUCAAGUUGGGAUAAAAACCUUUGACGGCAUUAAUGGCGUUGACGAUGAUGAUUUCUACGUGGUAUUUUCUAUGAAUUUUGCAACACAAUUGACAAAACGUAUUAAUGAGUUGCUUUUUCAUGCCGUUUUGAGGCCGAACCAGCACGUGGAGAUGGUCGACAAAGAGUGGGUUGACGUAACACCCUCAUUAGAUAACUCAUAUGAGUUCCGUUCUUGGAUUUAUACUUGUUUGAAAGGUUGUUCUUUUGACAAGAUUUGUGUAAUGAAAGUUGUGGAUUAGAUGUAGAGAUUAUAUAGAACACACUUUUGUUGAAUCAAGUUAAUAGUUAGGUUAUUAAGUGGCCUUUAGCUCAA